GAUAGUAGACCACGUGAUGUUUAUCUACAGUCAGGUGGUCACGUGACCGCGAAAUACGGACUACUUUUUUCAUGUACAUGAACCAAAUUAAAUGAUAAACAUGACCUACUUUAUAUAAUGAUUCAUGAGUUUGUUAUAAUUUUGUUUCUCUAACUCAAUACAUCCUUCAGUAUUAAACCCGUUUUAAGAAAGGGCCGUUUUGCUUCAAUAUUUGUCACUGAAUACAUGAAUGUUUGUAAACAAGCUGUUGCAUGAUCACCUUCUUUGAAAAUUCAAUUGUUAACACUGUUUCCAUGCAGUCUGCUGAACCUAGCAGUAAAACAGGCCAGCCCUGCCCUGAAUUUGUCGAACUGACCAGCGAUGAUGUAAGAAAGCUGAUUGAAGAUGAAGAAAACAAAAACACAAUGAAAAAAACACUUUCAGAUGUCCAAAAAUUUGAACGCUUUUUACUCAAUAAAGGUGAGAAAAAGGCAAUUUAUCAGAUUGAGCCAGAUCUGUUGGAUGAGUAUGUGGCAAACUUCAUCUUAUCAGUUCGUAAAGCUGACGGUGCCGAGUAUGAGCCUACAUCUAUCCGCAACAUUGUCUCCAGUCUUGACAGAAAGCUGAAGAGGCACAAAUAUCCAUUUCGCCUUAUCGCAGAGCAAACAAAUGCAUUCCAACUCACAAGAGAUGCACUAAGGGCCAAAACAAAAUCCUUAAAAAGGUUGGGAAAGGGAAACAAGCCCUUAAAAGCAAGUCCAAUCACUGACGAAGAAAUAAAUAUGCUUUAUGAAAAAAAGAUCCUCGGCCCAAGCAGUGCAGCAUCACUUCCCAACACAGUAUGGAUCAACAACUGUAUCCAGUUUGGACUACGUGGAACGAAAGAAAACCAUGAUUUGAGAUGGGGUGAUGUCGAGCUUAAAACAUCAUCCAGUGGACUUGAAUACCUGGCGCUGAAUGAGCGCCAGACAAAAACGCGAACAGGGUCAAACAUAAAAGAUAUACGGGAUGUUACGCCAAAAAUGUUUGCAAUGCCAGAGGACAUAGAACGCUGUCCGGUUCAUGCUUACAAGCAGUAUGCAGUGCAAAGACCAACUGAUUUUUGCACCUCGGAUGACCCUUUCUACAUAGCGCCGAGAACCUCCUCACAAUCACAUGUUUAUGACCAUGAAAAAUGGUUUGUGAAAAUGAAAUUGGGAGAAAAGAAGCUUGGAGGACUUCUGAAGAAAAUGGCUAGUGAUGGUGGUCUUGACAGCAACAAAAGGAUAACAAACCACUCGACAAGAAAACACCUAGUUCAAAAACUAAGAGACUCUGGAAUUGCCCCAACAGAUAUGAUGCAGAUUAGUGGCCAUAAAAACAUUCAAUCUAUCAUGAAUUAUUCUGAAAUGUCUGAGGAAAAACACCAACAAUGCUCAAGAAUAUUAUCUAAAGUCCGUCAACAACCUACAUCCACAAUCACUGGUCCAGAAAGUUCUGUCAGUCAGCUUGACAAUGUCAUUGACAAAGAAAAUCGUCAAGAAAAUCUUUACUUACCCCACCCACGCCUCCCGCAAAUGCUGGAAAAUGUGCAGCCGCCCUCUUCAACGACCGUUAAUUCCAUUUCUGUCGUUAAUGACAACAUCUCGCUUAACACACAAAUGAAUUCUUUGUUCGCCGGAGCAGUUUUAAACAUCCAGCACUUUAAUAUCAACAUGAAUUAA